AUGACUUUGGAAAAUGAGCAGACGCACCUUUUGCGCAACGAUGACUCGUUAAACCAUCAGUCUAUUGAAAGAACCGAAUCACAACAUGCUCCCCCUUUGAAAUCCUGGCAGAAACUCAAACCGCACAUUCGGCCAUUGUUGGCAGCCCACUUCAUUAGCAUCCUCAUUGGUCUCAACGAUGGUGCUUUAGGCAUCGUUAUUACAUGCUUCAAAUCGUACUAUGAUAUUCCAGAUAACGUUGUGUCGCUUUUAUUUCUCUUCAAUGCGUGUGGUGUUUUCAUUAGCGCAAGUAUCAACGGUUGGUUGGUGCACAAAAUUGGUCAGCGUCGUACGAUGUACCUAGGUGCUGCGGCGGUUCUCGUCGCCUACAGUUCCAUUAUGCAGGGUUUCCCCUUCAAAGUCACCAUAGCCCUCAUGAUGCUGGAAGGUGCAGGUGCGGGACUAUUGGACGCCGCCAUGAAUGUUUAUACCGCCAACGUCCCCGAAUCCACCUUGAUGCUGAAUAUCUUGCACGCCGUUUAUGGUGUUGGUGCCAUGAUCAGUCCAUUGGUCGCCACAUCUCUUUUGGCCCAUGAUUUCUCCUGGCGAUUCAUCUAUCUGUUUCUGGCCACCAUGGCAUUUGUGAAUCUAUGCAGUAUUACCGUUGGCUUCAAGGGGGUCAACUUUGAAGAAAACGACGAAGAAGAACAAGAAGGCUAUGUGAAAUCGACUCGCAAAGAAGCCAUCUUCAACCGGGUCACCCUGUUGGCAGCGGCUUACAUUCUCGUUUACGUGGGACUCGAGGUUACUUUGGGUGGAUGGGGCUACAGUUACCUGACGACGGGCCGUCAUGGCGAUCCGUAUCAAAUGGGCCAUGUUUUAUCCGGCUACUGGGCUGGCUUGGCCGCGGGUCGCAUUGCCCUCGGAUACUUGGCUGGUCGAUUCGGUGAAAAACGCAUGAUUUCCCUGUUCACCGUCAUCUCCAUGCUACUGCUGGGUGUUUUGUGGUUUGUCGCUGAUAUUGUGGUCGAUUCUUUGGUUUACGUGGCACUGGGUUUCUUACUGGGCCCCAUGUUCCCAACCACCAUCUCUUUGGUAUCCAGGAUAUUGCCUAGGGAUAUGCAUGCUACAUCUAUUGGAUUUAUGGGCGCACUUGCCGCGGGUGGUGCAGCGUUUUUCCCAUUUCUCACUGGCCAAUUCUCUGGCCGCUUUGGUAUUUUAGCCCUUCCCAUGAUUUGCUUGGCCAUGGCCGUCAUGAUGCAAGUCAUGUGGCUCUGUAUACCCAACCGUCGUACAUUAUCUAUUUAG